CGAGGGAGUCCAUGCAGUACAUCUUAGCAUAAAGCAGUGAACUGUGGUUUCUUUUACUUGGAGAUCAUGCAGAGAGCUUCACGUCUGAAGAGAGAGCUGCACAUGUUAGCUACAGAACCACCCCCAGGCAUCACAUGCUGGCAAGAUAAAGACCAAAUGGAUGAUCUGCGAGCUCAAAUAUUAGGUGGGGCCAACACACCUUAUGAAAAAGGUGUUUUCAACCUGGAAGUUAUCGUUCCUGAGAGGUAUCCAUUUGAACCUCCUCAGAUCCGAUUUCUCACUCCAAUUUAUCAUCCAAACAUUGAUUCUGCUGGAAGGAUUUGUCUAGAUGUUCUCAAAUUGCCACCAAAAGCCAAUGAAGAAGAUAUGCUUGAUAAUCUACCAAAGGCUGAUGCUGAUUCUGAAGUACACAACUCAACACAGAAAAGGAAAGCCAGGCAGCUAGGAGGCAUAGAAAAGAAAUUUUGUCCUGAUGUUUAAUGGAUUUGUCCUGGUCCAUCUUGUUAAUACAUCCUUUGCCAAGGUGGUUUAAUUUUCUUGCCUUCCUUGAAUGUUUUUCUUUAUAUUUGAUGACAUAAUUUUUUGUGUCCUAUAAAAGACUCCGUAUAUUUAUGUAUUCUGCUCUACAGUGAUUCUCAGUGUAGUUUGUUUUAUUUAUCUUGUACAUAUGUAUUUUGAAACCUUUUAAACCUGAAAAAUAAAUAAUCAUUUAAUGUUGAAAAAAAAAAAAAGAACUAUUCUAGG